UUGCAGUCUUCAUCACGAAGAUUUCUCUCUCAAAUGUCGUGAACUUGGCGUUUCAGUGCGGUCGAUAGCGCAGAGUUCGUUUGCAAAGUGCUUUCUCUGUACCGAAAUUUAUUUCAGAAGUUUCGCUUCGGUUUCCAAGGACAACGGGAGUGCUCAACCUGCGUUGUGUUUUUCGGCGAGGCAUAAACAAAGUUGUGCACGAUGGCGUCGAUUGCUGCUGCGAAAGUUCAAGAAGUUCGGGAAAUCACCCGGAUUGAAAGGAUUGGUGCUCACUCUCACAUCCGUGGUCUAGGUCUAGAUGACAGCCUUGAGCCACGCAAUGUUUCUCAGGGUAUGGUUGGGCAACUCACUGCCAGACGAGCUGCCGGAGUUGUUCUGGAGAUGAUUAAGGAGGGGAAAAUUGCUGGCAGAGCAAUUUUACUUGCGGGUCAACCUGGCACAGGUAAAACUGCUAUUGCUAUGGGCAUGGCUCAAGCUCUUGGCCAAGAUACUCCUUUCACAAGCAUGGCUGGCUCUGAAAUAUACUCCUUAGAAAUGGGAAAAACUGAAGCUUUGACUCAGGCCAUCAGAAAAUCUAUUGGUGUGAGAAUAAAGGAAGAAACCGAAAUUAUUGAAGGAGAAGUAGUUGAAGUUCAAGUGGAUCGUCCAGCCACUGGAGUUGGCACGAAAGUAGGAAAACUUACCUUGAAAACUACUGAGAUGGAAACAAUUUAUGAUUUAGGAGGGAAAAUGAUUGAAUGCAUAAUGAAAGAAAAGGUUCAAGCAGGUGAUGUUAUUACUAUUGACAAGGCUACAGGAAAAAUCAGCAAACUAGGAAGGUCAUUUACUAGAGCAAGGGAUUAUGAUGCAACUGGACCACAAACAAGAUUUGUACAGUGCCCUGAAGGUGAAUUGCAGAAGCGCAAAGAAGUUGUGCAUACUGUGUCCUUGCAUGAAGUGGAUGUUAUUAACAGUCGCACCCAUGGUUUCCUUGCUUUGUUCUCUGGUGAUACUGGUGAAAUCAAGGCUGAGGUGCGAGAACAAAUUAAUGCUAAGGUAGCAGAAUGGAGGGAAGAGGGCAAAGCUGAAAUAGUACCUGGUGUGCUCUUUAUUGAUGAGGUUCACAUGUUAGAUAUUGAAUGCUUCUCCUUUUUAAACCGAGCUCUUGAAAAUGAAAUGGCUCCAGUCGUUAUAAUGGCCACCAACAGAGGUAUCACACGCAUUCGUGGUACCAAUUACAUGUCCCCUCAUGGUAUUCCUAUUGACCUGCUGGAUCGUAUGAACAUAGUUGCCACUAAACCAUAUGAGGAAAAAGAACUGAAAGAAAUUCUCAAAAUAAGAUGUGAAGAGGAAGAUUGUGAGAUGUCAGAUGAUGCCCUUACUGUACUCACUAGAAUAGCAGGGGAAACAUCGCUUCGUUAUGCAAUCCAACUUAUUACCACCUCAGGGCUCGUCAGCCGCAAACGUAAAAGCAAUGAGAUCCAAAUGGAGGAUAUCAAGAGAGUGUACUCAUUGUUUUUGGAUGAGAAUAGAUCUAUGCAAUUCCUUAAAGAGUAUCAAGAUGAAUUCAUGUUCAAUGACAUUGACGCUGGUGAUGCAAUGGAUGUUGCAGAUGGUUAAGCUUAGUCAUUAUUGUAAUAUGUGAAAGUUAUUCAGCUGAUAUGUACGUUUCAAUUUUUUCUGUCUUCAAUAUCCUUUUAAGUAGGUGCUCAUUCCGUGUAAAGAGAGAGAGGAUGACCAUUGCCAUUUCCUGUUAAUAAAUUUAAUUAACCAUGAGAAGAAA